GGGCUGUGCCCUGUGACGUCACCGCCGCUCCGCCGCAGCCCCAUCGCAGACGGAGCCGCCCUGUCCCGGUGCCGUCCCGGUCCCGCCGCGAUGCCCUCGGACCGGCCCUUCAAGCAGCGUCGCACCUUCGCGGAUCGUUGUAAAGAAGUGCAGCAGAUCCGAGAGCAGCAUCCAAACAAAAUCCCGGUCAUCAUCGAACGCUACAAAGGGGAGAAACAGCUGCCAUUGCUGGACAAGACCAAGUUCCUUGUCCCAGACCAUGUCAACAUGAGUGAAUUGGUAAAAAUAAUCCGGCGCCGCUUGCAGCUGAAUCCCACCCAGGCAUUCUUCCUGCUGGUGAACCAGCACAGCAUGGUCAGUGUGUCCACCCCCAUCUCGGAGAUCUACGAGCAGGAGAAGGAUGAGGAUGGCUUCCUCUACAUGGUCUAUGCUUCCCAGGAGACCUUCGGCUUCUGAGGGCUGCUGAGAGGUGGCAUAUGGAGACACAUGAACUGUGGCACAGAGGCCUCUGGCCUCAGAAGACAACACAGACAGAGGCUCACAAGAGGGAGGCUGUGCUGACCUCCUUCCUUCCCCUCUCUGCCUCCCUCCUGCCCCAUUACCCUGUCACCAAAGAGGUUCGAGGCGCGUGUUGGACUCACACAACCCUUCCCCUCUGUGUAGUCAGUCCCAGGCACCCACCCAGGUGUGUGACAGCCCCACCCAGCCGGGCCUGGCCCCCUCCCUGUGUCCCUGCUCUGCUCUCGCUGUACUGUGUGUGUGGGCCACCAUCACUCCAGCACAGGGAGAGCCACCUCCCCCCAGGCACUCAUAAAGGGCAGGAGGUCUGCAGAAGCAGAUAACAGAUGUUACCAUUGGUCCCGAGUUUUAAUUGAUUUUAAUUACACCCGUAUCAAAUUCUUGGUGCUACUGAGUAGAUGUAGGCAUCUCUAUAGGACUGUGGAUAAUGCAUAUCUUUUAGAUUUAUUUUUUUGGUUUGUUUGUUUGGGUUGUUUGUUGUUUUUGUUUUGGUUUUUGGUUUUUUUAGGGCUAGAUUGGAAUGGGAAGAGGGAGAAACUUUCCUGUAUUCUGUAGGUAAAUAUAUCAGGCUUCAUUGCACUUUAAAGCAUAGUAGAUGUUGGAGUGAAAUUUCUUUUAAUUUAUACAGGUUUGCCAUCUAUAAUGCUGCUUCUCUGUUGACAGUUGUACCUAGAUUAUCUUGUUUCUUUUUUUUAAAUAAAAUUGAUUUUGCUUC